AAUUUCAUGGCCUGGUGAAGGUGGAGCUUGUGGAGCUUCCAGCCUGCAGGAACCCAUCAGAACCCAGCUGCAGCUUCGCAAAAUCCUCAGUGUUUCAACUGAUGUGCACAACAACACCACCUCUGACGGAGCCACACAUCUGCUGCAAGCGCCGAGGAGAAGAUGCGCCUAAAUAUGAAUCUCCUGCUGAUUCUUGCCGUUUCCUUCCUGCCACAAGCUUGGGGUCAAAGCAGCAGGCCUGCUGUGGUGGAGGCCAAGAACAUCACCCUCCCUGCAGGCUCCGAGGCCGUCCUGCCCUGCCACAGCCCCCGCAUGGUGUGGACCCAGGACAGGCUGAAGGACCGACAGAGGGUGGUCCACUGGGACGUCUUCCACAGCAGCCCUGAAUAUUCAGUGGAGCGGAUUCUGGACAUGUCGCCUGGAGCUCGGCAGAGGGUUUACAACGGCUUUAAUAAGGGACGCGUCUCCAUCCCGGACUCGGCUUUCACCGACGGAAACUUCUCGCUCAUCAUCAACAAUGUUGUAAACACAGACAAAGGAGUUUAUACCUGCAACUUGCACCACCACUACUGUCAGAUUCACGAGUCCAUUCAGAUCCAGCUCAACGUCACCAAGUCAGCUCGGAAAGAGAAGCGCUACUGGGACGGAGAGAAGAAUGUGUUGGUGGUGCUGCUGGGCAGCUCCAUCGUGCUGCCCUGUGUGAACCGCAGGGCCCUCUGGAGAGACGGCCUCCAGGAGGACCAGCAGCAGGUGGCGCACUGGGACUUCCAGCCCCCCGGGGUGCGUCCCAACAAGGCUGACCGACUGGUGGACCUCUACGCCUCAGGAGAGCGACGGGAUUACGGGCCUUUGUUUGCCCAGAGCAAGAUGAGGGUGGCAGAGGACGCGUUCACGUACGGCGACUUCUCACUGUCCAUCUCUGACCUGAUGCCUGAGGAUAAAGGCCUGUAUUCCUGCAACCUGCACCACCACUACUGCGGUCUGCACGAGAGGCGCAUCUUCAGGCUGACUGUGGGACCUUCGCUACCGCGUGAACCCACAACGCCUCCGAGAAUCUUCUUGAACGAUGAGCUGGAACCAAAGACGGAGGAGGUUUCAGAGGACAGCCCCCGUGUGGUAAACGUCUUCCUCCCUGAACAACGGGGUUAUUUCGUGCAGCACCUGGGCUACUUCCUGGCAACCUUCCUGCUGCUGGCUUUCAUUGUCAUCGCUGUCAUCGUGUUGACUAGGCGACAGAAAAAGAGAGGGUUGGAGUACGAAAUGGGUAGAUCUGUUGGGGGGACUAUGAUCAGUGAAGGUGAGAUAGCAUUAGACUGCACAGAGAUGAGGACUUACAACCAAGACUCCUUGAAUUCAGAAUUCAAAAACAACCUACUGAAAGAAAGAGAUAUGGUGAAAGAGUGCAAUAAGGAAUUCGAUGGGAAGAUGUGGAAGUGAGCGAGGCAUUUCUAAGAUGCUGCUGGCAGGUCCAGGGCAAACACCGGCGGCGUAAAGAACGACGGAAAGAAAGAAGGAAAAAGAAUAAAAUAAUGACACAGGAAAUCCAGGAGAAAACACAGGAGGAUUACUCCCUCUGCUGUAACAAGAGCAAACAAAGCUUUUCCACGUUUAAAGGCUUUACUCUUUAUUUUUUACCCCCUUUUUCUUAUAUAUGUACAGCUUGCAGUUUGAUCAACAAAACUAUAUGGUUAGCUAGAUUUUGUCCACAUUUCUUUUUUCAGUUAUUGUUGUUUAAAAGCAUUCAGUUUUUUGCGAUAUGUGCUAUGCAUGCUCUCAGAUCACUCUUUUUUUUAGUUUCUAAAUUUUUUUUACUUUCAAUCUUUUGCAGAAAUUCAGCUGUACUGUAAUAUGUAAACUACACAAUACAAUACAAUUCGGUCUUAUUUAUAAAGCACUUUAAAGUAACACUAUAGGGAAAAGUCCUGUACCCCAAAACAAAUAAAACAGACAAAAACAAAUCAAUAAUUAAAACAUUAAAGCUAACACCUCAAGCUGAGUCAAAAGCCAAAAAGCUAUGAUAAAAAUAAAAUAUAAGGUCAGUUUAUGAUUGAGACACAUGUAUAAGUGAUUAACCUUAAUAUGGGCAGUGUGGUUCUCAGCCCAGGGUGUUAUUUAGUUGGGAGUUUUUAAUGCUUAUUUGCUUGUCCAGUCCACUGGGGAAUGAGCGCCCCCCAGUGUUGGGAAGGCAAAAAAUGUUCACCUCCGGAAGCCUAAGUCGACCACAACACAUAUUUCUUCCAAAUGCAGCAGUUUACUUUGUUUAAUGUGCUCAUCUAGCUUCACAUAUAACUCUUUUGGUUGUUAUAAUUCACAAAUAUGUGCAGCAUCAGGGUGAAUUAGCUCAGUUCUGACUCUGACAUGGCAAUGUUUUGAGAUUGAGAUGCAGAUUAUGGCCUGCAAACUCAUUUUGUGGAGGGUAAAAAAUAUUAGCUGCUAAAACUUGGAGGUUAUUGGGAAGUCUUAUCUUAUCAGUCAAUGACUGAUAAGAUGAGUGAUAAAAAGUCAUAUUUAACGUCAUACAUUAACGCAAAUGUCAUGAAAAUUCCUCACAAAUAUUUCUGAAUUGGCACCACAAAAUUUGUGAUUUUGAUUUCAAAAUAACACAAAAGCAAUCACAAAAUAGUGAAGGGACAGCUAAUUAUUAAUAUUUUAACAGUUUAAUGGGUUUUAUCAAUACAUUCUGGCACAAAUGUUUAACUUCAAUUUUGAUAUGGCCCAAAAUGAAUGUUUGUAGAGUGUUUGUGUGCACAUGGCGAAGCUCAUCCAGGUAUUUGUAUGUCUUUUAAUGAACAAAUAAAGAACCCCAACUUAUUUUCUUCCUCAAACUUCCCAUUUAAAAGUUUUUCCUCAAAAGGAAAAUUCAUUUAUUUCUAACUAACAGUGAUCAGAACUGAGGGUUCAGUCAGUGGAAACUCAGGAAAUAUCUGAAUAUUACAGUAAAAGAUUAAAUUGGGGACUUGAAGAUGUCAUGACCUGGUUAGUACAUGACUAAUUUUAUUAAGGUAACCUGCAUGCCAAGCUUACAUUUAAUAUGAACUGUGUAGCUUCUGUCAGGUAUUUGUGUCUGUUAUUGUAAAUCACAAGCGAUAGCCCAGUCUGUCAAUUAUUUGCAGUGCCUGUUUCUCUGAAAUAAAGAUUUUCUCAUUACAAA